AAAAUUAUUUCCGGAUCCGAUUACCAUAGCGACGUUUACACCUGCGAGAGACAUUUUCAACAAAAUAUCUCUCUACCACCUAGCCUACUGAAGAGUCUUAACAAAAAUUAAAAAUAGGUAAAAGAUGGCUGAACCACCAUUAACAGAUCUAAAAGAUGGAAAUUCUGAUGCAACUGAAACCAAAACUAGCAAAAGUCCUGAAAUUUCUAAGACAGGUUCUAGAAAUGGAUCAGCUCGUUCACAAAAGAGUCAUGGAAGUAAAAAAGGGAGAGAUUUUAUCCCGUCCCCUGCUGUGUCUGCCAAAGAUAAUCCUGCUGCCGAUUGGAGAAAUAUGAGAAGAAUUAUUGCUGAGGAUCCCGAAUGGUCAUUGGCUACAGUUCCCUUACUUGUUGAACUCUGUAUUAAACAUAUCGUGGAUAAUUUUGAAAAUAACUCCAAAAUUCUGAAUGAUUUAUUACAAAAGCACCAAAAUAAAGUGUUGGAAAAAAUUUCUAGUGAUCUACCACUAAAGGUGACAGCUAAUUUAGUUGAUGAUGAAGGAUUCUGGAAAAGAUGUUGUAACGCCCGAUGGGAAAUUUGUGAUGUGCUAGAUUUUGGAGGAAACUGGAAAAGGAUGUUUUUUGAAAAGAAUUUACAAGAAAUUAUUGAACAUUUUGUACCUGAAACAACUGACCCAAUCCAUUUAAAUGAGACCUUGGCCCUGUCUGCAAAUUAUGUGAAGAGACUAGAAAUAAGACAAUUACUGCCACCUGUACGCGAAGCACCAAAAGGUCCCGAUUUUGAUGAUGCCUCAGAUGCAGGUAGUGAUACCGGGGAUGAACCAGAAUGUGAUCAUUUUAAUUUUACCCCAGUACUAAGUCUUUUACCAAAUUUGGAACAUUUGAGUCUGACUUAUGGUGUUCGUGAUUGUGGUAUGAAUUUUGAAUGGCAGUUGUUUCAGUUCACAGCUAGAGACUGUUUACAGUUAGCUCAGAGUGUUGCUGCCCACAAACAUCUACAAGUAUUUAAACUACACAGGAGUAAAGUAGAUGACGACAAGGUUCGUGUGCUGAUCAGUCACAUCCUUGAUCAUCCUGGUCUCAUAGAGUUAGAUCUCUCACAUAAUGUAAUUGGCGAUCGUGGAGCCAGGGCGAUUGGUAAAUUUAUCAACAACCACAGUAGGCUUGUUCGAUUAAAUCUAUGUGAUAACCAAAUACGUGGUGCUGGAGCACAAGCCAUCGCACAUGCUCUAACUAAAAACACUACAGUUGAGCAUUUAAAUCUGAGAUUAAAUAGAUUAGGAGAUGAUGGAGGACAGGCGAUAUGUAGGUCUAUGUUGAAGAAUAGUACAUUAAGAGAGAUAAAUCUGGGCAGUAAUGAUAUGGCUGAACCAACAGCCGCUAUAUUGUCACAAGUAGUGAUGCAGAAUUCAACCAUUUUGUCAGUUGAUUUAUCUUGUAAUAGACUUGGUCCGGAUGGUGGCAAACAACUACAAGAAGGUAUGGAGGAAAAUACAACAAUUACAACCAUGGAUCUAAGAUUGACAGAAUGUGGACAGGAAUCAGAAUAUUGUAUUAAUCAAAUUUUACACAGAAACCAAGAAGCAGAACGAGAGGCAAAAAUCAAGAAGAUAGAAGCGGAGGCCCCACCACAGAAGAAAAUUGCAGAACCCCAGGCUGCUCAUCGUUAUAAACCUCGAAUAACCCAUGCUUAAUAUUAUAACUAUCACCAAAAAUUCUAAUGUUGUAAACGUUUUGUGUUUGAAAUCAAUAAGUUAUAUUGUAAGUUAUAGUUAAAUUUAUUUCUUGGAAUUUAACAUUGGAUACAUAGUAAGGACUGAAUAUCAGACUAUAUGAAGUAAGAUGGUUUUGUAUAACUCAUUAAAGGAGAAAGCAAUGUUUUUUCUACAUACCUUGUCAAAAUAUCUACCAGUAUUUAUGUCAUGUAGAAAAGUAUUUAUUGAUAAAUUAUUAAGUCUGUGAUAAUUUCAAAUAUGAAAUAAAUUAUACAUUUUCAAGUUGAA